GACCAGGCAUCCCUGCCCUUUCUUCUUCAGUCUGAGAGAGAGAGAGAGAGAGAGAGAGAGAUUUCGGGCUCCCCAAACGCAUUUAGGGUUCUUCAGCGGCCGAAACUGUUUCGAUUCCUCCCUCUUCGUGUGGAAGUCUCUGUCUCCUUCGCGAUUCAUGUAGGUCUUCGGAUUGUGAGUUGAUUCCGUUUCGCGGAGUUAUGGAGGAGGGGAACCGAGAUGCUUGCGAGGGGAAAAAGGGUUGUUUUCUAUCUGAGAGUCUGGUCAGGAAGAAUGGGUUUGCGCCAGUGAGAUCUGGUAAUUUUAGUGGCGUGGUCCCUGGCGAGGGGAAGGGAAUCGAGAUGGUGGUCGGGAAUUUGGUCCGGAAGUCAACUGUGCUCUCUUUAUGGAGGGAGGAUGAGGACCUUCGUGAAAGGCAGAGCGAGGCGGAGGUGAGAAGGCAGUUCAGUGAGGUGGGAUUUCAUGAUGAGACCGUGCUGCAGAAGAGGGACAGGGAGGCACUCGCUCAAAGGAUAUCAGAGCUUGAGAAAGAGCUUUAUCAGUACCAGCAUCAUAUGGGUCUUCUUUUAAUUGAGAAAAAUGAAUUAGCAGCUAAAGCUGAAAAUCUUACCAAACAACUGUUUGAGGCACAGCAAUUCCAAAAGAAUAUGCAAGCAGAGCAUAUGGCUGUUAUUUCUGAGUUUGAAAAGAAAGAAGGUAAUAUGCAGAGAGCCAUGGACUUUCAGCGGCUGUCUAUUGCUAAUCUCGAGAAGGCUUUGAAUGAGAUGCAUGUAGAAACUGCCGAGAUUAAAUUGGAAUAUCAGAAGAAGAUGUCUGAAGCACAUGCUCUUGAGGCCAUUGUUGAGGACAAAUACUUUCAACUUAAAGGAAAGAUGGACUUUCUUGAUGCCAAACUUGCAGAAGUUAGUCAGAGAAGCUCAGAGUUGGAUAGAAGAUCAGAGGAUGUGGACACUCGUCAGCUCAAACUUUCUAUCGAAUCUUCAUCCUUCAUGAUAGAAAAAGAAGGGAUUGAGAAGGAACUUGCUCACCAGAGACAGGUUUUGCGAGCUUUGGAACAGGAGGUGCAGGGCAACCAGGAGAGUCUUGCCAAGCGGAGUAACUUGUUGGAUGAGAGACAGAUGGAAGCAAAUGAACGAGAUAAUACUUGUAGAAAGAAAGAAAAAGAACUUGAUGAGGCAUGGAAAGCCUUGGAGAAUUCAAAUGUUUCACUAAAAUCCAAAGAGGAGGAUAUGUGCAUGAGGCUUAGAGAUUUUGAUGCUAAAGCACAGGAAGCACUUGUCAAGCAGCAGUUUCUACAGAAUAAAGAGAAGGAAUUACUUGAGAUUGAAGAACACUUAACUAACCGAGAAAGAGUAAGUGCCUAUUCCAGAAUUUCAGAUUUUCUUGGCUUGUCCUUCAAAUCUGUUACAUUGAUAUUUCUUGGAAAUUUGUGCAACAUUGAGAUUCAACUUUGGAUAUUUUGAUGAAGGUUUGAAGUACUGAGCCUUUGACUGUUUGUUGGAUCGGUCCAAAUUUAUGGAACAGUUUAUUGACACAUCCAAGUAUCAGCGAAAAAAUAGGACAAACUAUAAUACAUUGAAACUGGCAAACUCCCUUGGCCCCCUUGGGGGGAUUGGAACAACACAUAGUUGCAUUGUAGUCUUCUUCCCUCCUUGGCCAGCCAGUCAGCUUCUGUAUUUGUCUCCCUUCUUAUGUACAUAAAUUUUACUUCCCAGUACUUCACCAUUCAAGACUGAAUUUCUUUAUGACCUUCUAAUUGUAAUGACAAACAGUCACCUUGAUUGUGAAUCUCAAGAUCAAGAAAGCAACCACCAUGAUGUAAAAUAUUCCAUUACGUUGAUAGUCAUACGAUAUUGUGAUCUUUUACAUGCUUCAGGUUUGCCAUCAAAUUGACAUAUAAUAAUCACCACUACAUCAACAUCAUCAACCAGCCUUGUUAAACCCAGCUGUUUGGAAUUAUCUAUGUUGAUCUUUUCUCUCCACUCAAAUAUACAUGACAGAAUAAGGGUUUUGUUAACCAUUGAAGUCAGAUGUAAAAUAUUUUGAUGUCUGAUUUAUGAUAUCUAUUAUACUGGUUCUGAGUUCUGACUGAUUGGUAGCAUGUCUUCAAAUGAACUUCAGUUGAGUUUGAGCAAAUCAAUGUUCAUGAAUAUUAGAUCUAUGACUAAACAGAGUGGAGCCAAAGCCCUUUUGCAAUAAACUUAGGAAAGUUAAUCCUGUACAAUUAUUUUCAUGAGUUAUUCCUGGGGUAGUUGGGCUUCUGUUUGUUGAAUUAUAAUCCAAACUCCAUUGGAUUCACCUGCUUUUGUAGAGUCCAUCAUAUCCAGCUUCUGUGCCCUUUCCAAAUUACCUUUGAAGGUGAAGAUUCAAAAAAUCAUUGAUUGCCAUAGUUGUGUUUUACAAGACAAACUAGAGGAGUUUGAGUUGGAGGCAGACAAAAAGAGAAAAAGGAAAAUAGAUGAGGUGGCACAUAAAGAUAUUGCACUUGA